CUCCCUCCCUGCCCUCCUUGCCUGCCCUCCUGCCCUCCCUGCCCUGCACCAGGCGCCAUGUCCAAGCUGAAGAGCACCUGGAGCAGAGUGCGGGCACUCGCUGCGCCUCUCCUCGCGCCCCGCGACAUCAGCAAACAGGUGCGUGCUGAGCGUUCCUUAGGAUCCCAACAACAAGAAGGGACUUUUUAUGAAUUUCGUACUUAUUCCAUAAAGCCAGCAAAGAUGAUUGACUUUUUGAAGCUUACAAAGGAUAAUAUUCACCUCCGCACUGCCCAUUCAGAGCUAAUCGGUUACUGGUCUGCAGAUCUUGGGGGUCUCAAUGAAGUCUUUCAUAUUUGGAAAUAUGACAAUUAUAGCCAACGUUCAGGGGUCCGGGCAGCGCUGGCUAAAGAAAAGGAAUGGCAAGAGAAUUACAUCUCGAAGAUGUUGCCAAUGCUUGUCAAUCAGUCCAACGAAGUAAAUUACAUGGUGCCAUGGUCGAAGCUAAUCAAACCACCAAAAGAAGGUGUGUACGAAUUAGUAAGUUACCAGAUGAAGCCAGGAGGACCUGCUGUUUGGGGCCAAGCUUUCCAAAGGGCACUGAACAGUCACGCUAAUGUUGGGUAUUGCUCUCUGAUUGGAGUGUUCCACACUGAAUUUGGCUUGCUCAACAAAGUCCAUGCUCUCUGGUGGUAUGAGAAUGCUGAUAGCCGUGCUUCUGGAAGGCACAUCGCACACAAUGAUUCCAGGGUAGUAGCAGCAGUGAGGGACAGUGCUGUCUACCUGGUGAACCACAGUAACAAACUACUAAUUCCUACACCUUAUUCACCUUUGAAAUGAUACACAUCUCUGAAGGUUAAUGACUGCCAAGCUGACUUCCUUAGUGUUUAUAACGCAGUGUUUUCUGGGACUUUGGACUAUGAUCAUCUAUUCUAAAUACACGUGUUACAAUAUUGCCAGUGACUACUUGUGCUAUACUUGAUAUGACUCUAAUAACAGGAACUCAUUGUAAUAAAGGGGCCACAUUUUACGUUUUGUCUACUGCGAUUUGACCUGUCAAAGUUUCCAUAAUAAAAUAUUUGCAAAUGA